UCAAAGGGUUUAUUUUAUAUUAUUAUUUCGCUUCAACCUGAUAAGAUAUGUUAUGCAGAAUGUCGACCAUCGAUGCUAUCAACGAUGUUACCAACGGAGCUCGCAACGAGCAUCAUGUUCACGAUGAUAACGACAUCACUCAUGAAGAGUAUGUCCAUGUUAAUGGCCACGAGGAAAGGAUGGAACGAUUGGAAAAUGUGAGUUCAAUGUUGGCCGAAUUAGUCCAUGAUUCUCGGAAAAAGAAAGAUGUUAGUGGAAACGGGAGCGCAACGAUGUUCAAGAACUUUUCGUCACUCAACCCACCAUCCUAUGAUGGCAAGCCUGAUCCAGUUGAGUUCGAGGAUUGGAUAAAUCGCAUUGAUCAGUUGUUUGAAACCCUGCAGUGCCCUGAGAAAUGGAGAGUUGAUUUCGCAGUGUUCUACUUGUCAGGCCAAGCAGGAUUAUGGUGGAAAGUUAUCAAGGAACGAAAGAAUGGGCCUGGAUUUGGUUGGAACGAACUACAGAAGUUAAUGAGAGACAAGUUUUAUCCACCAUCCUUGAGGAAACAAAAAGAAGAUGAAUUUCUACACUUGCAACAAGGAACAAUGAGCGUGUUGGAAUACGCAAAUAAGUUUAUGGAGUUGUCAAGGUUUGCACCAGACUUGGUGUCGACAGAGCAGUCCAGGAUGAACCGUUUCGAACGAGGUCUGCACCUUAAGUACCAGGAUAGGUUGUCCACUCAGAGGUUUACUUCAUACCAGGAUAUGAGGAGCAAAGAAGCCCAACCAAAGUUACCAGGGAAAUCAAAGGAGGAAUGA